AUGUUCGCCGUAAAUAAGUUUUUAAUAUUUUUCUGCUGUUUCUUCUGCUUAAUUCUAGUUAACUUUAACGCGCAUGCUCAGCAAUGUGCACCGCUUAAUUUCCCGACAUGCAGUGAGUCAGUCAAUCCGGGCUGGAAUGGCGGUGGCUGCAAUGGUGGCGUCCGGUGGUAUUACAAUGCAGGAGAACGCCGCUGUAUAUCUUUCUUUUAUUGGGGCUGUGGUGGUAAUUCGAAUCGUUAUUGUACAGAAUUUGCAUGUAUGCAGCGCUGUCGGCCAUUCGGUACAUAA